ACUCAGCCUUGCUGAACACCUCCCCGAUGCCCCACUCUCAUCGGGCUAGGCGCAGGGAGGAAGCGACCUCAAGGCUCCUUAGGCAUUCAGAACCGGCGACAGGCAUGGCUAAGCAAGUCGGCGAAAUCUCGCGCUAUAGUUCCCCGGGCUGAAUUUCGUCGAAACUCGGCGGAAACUCAGCCGAAACUCGAAUGAAACUGCAUCUGCGGACUGCCCAGACUGGUCUCCCAUGCAAAAAGGAAACCCCCAUCCCGGUCUGUUCUUUGGGCUGCGGACCCCACCGAUUCCAAAAUUAAAGAAACCCUACGCUCGAUGAUGUGGUGUCAGCAGGCGAGCGCUCCAACUAUUCGAGACGCCCUGCUGUGGGCGAACGAGGAAGACGACCCCACGUCCAUUCAACCGAUAAUUGAUGCCCUGUGUCAGCAGGGAUGGGAGGUUGAUAAGCAAAAGGCUGGCAGGCUCUUCUGUUCGCUGGACCCCUUCUCGUCGGCGUACGCGUCGCUCAAUGAUCGGCAGCGGACUGUGCUGAAGCUGGCCAUUCAAGCCUCGGCGGCUGGUCUUGGCGUGGGGAGCACUGGCGCGGUGGCGGCGGCAGGCCCCGGCCAAGGGAGCACGGCAGCUGGCGUGACGCUGGCGGACCUUCACAGGAAGGUCAGCAAGAUGGAGUCAGUUCUUCAGCAGCACUUGCCGUUCCUACUUUCAAAGGUGCUCGUGUGGCGUGACGGCUCAACUGCAACGCACAGCAAUUCGGAGAAAGACCGCAAGACAUCUGCGCUGAAGUCCGAGCUGCAGAGUGCGGGGGUGAAGGGCUGCCAGCUGCUGGGGGAAGGCAUCCCCCCAAACUGCGUCAGCCUUGCGCACCUGUGCAAGCUGUCUUGGGCGGAUGGGCUGGGCUUGUCUAAGGAGGACGUCUCAUCACCGCGCAACGCGCUGCUGCUGUCCAAGCCCAUCGAGCGCGCCUACAGCAACUCGGCUGUUUGCUUCUACGAGGACCCGGCGGACAAGAAGCUCAAGCUACACAUCCUGUGGGACGAGCUCAAGUCGCAGAAGCUCUCCGACUGCCAGUGGCUGGGAGGGCCCAACGGCAACGGCUAUGCUGAGUUGACCAAUGCGUUCGGCGACACGACAUACGGCGACCUGGAGGCGCGGCCCCUACAAUACUACAGCAGCACGGUGGUCCCCUUUCGCCGCGUGCUCAGCGCCCAUGCGCAGCUGAGCCUCGACCGGGCGCAGCGGGAUGGCAAGAUGGCUGAGAGCUGGACCUUCCAGGACUAUCGCUCCAUAGAGAACGUCCUCACCUGGCUUCAAAAUGCAGAGCUGCAGGAGCCGCCCAUCGCAAACAGCGUGUCGGACUCGUCGGAGGUCAUGAGCAUGGGCAGUGCUUCCGCUGCACUGUAGGCAUUGUCGUAGGAGCUUGCCAUGCUCUUGCCGCAGUAGCAGCCGAGCUGGGUGGCAAUUCUGGCAAACUCUCCGUGCAGCACAGCCUGCCUCAUGGCGCGGUGCUUGCUGGCCGCCAUGCAGGAUGUGGCAGGAGGCUGCUGGCUGGCAGCGGCGGCGUGCAGCCGCCAGCAGCGACUGCUGCGCACAGAGCUGUACGACUAGGCUGUGGCGGCGGGGCGGUAGCUGCCGCCGCGCGCGGAACCGCGUGGCAGCGCUGCUGGUGGUGCUUGGUGCGCGGGCCUGGUGGUAGGGUGGCUAGGCACCGCCGGGGGUGGAGUCGUGGUUGCUGGCACCAAGGCCGUGCGGCGCCUGCGCCUGUAAGGGCUGCAGGCGACUGGUAUGUUUGUUGCUGGCGGGGUGGAGCAGGGGAGCCGCGGUGAUGAGGCCGUGGUGUGGUGUCGCGCGAACAUCCUUGCGAUACGGAUGGGUUCGGUGUGUCGCUGGUUGGCAUGUGUUCCAGCGGACUAGAUUUUGGCAUCAAAGACCUGAAAGGUCAACACGAUUAGGAGGCCCUCCUCCGGAUUCCGGUGGCGGCGGCGGCGGGUGCGGCGGUGGCGCAGUCGGGCGGCCGUGCUGCCGGCGACGGGCUGCCUGCUGGCGCUGCGCAGCCGCAGGCUCCCCGCCCUGUCGGUUCCGCCGGGCGGGUGUUACGUGAGCGCAUCCGGCACGGACACCGGGUCUUUGCGGGCUUCGGCCCCUGGCACGCAAUUGCGAUCCCAACAACAGCGCGCGACGACAGCUAUUGGCCCGUCACCGAGCGGCCGGGGCUGUAUGAGUGGUCUGUGCAGCCGCCAGCCCAGCAAGACAGGAUUGUCUUUUACAUAGGCAAAGCAGACGGUGAGAGGGGCCUGGGG